AUGUCCAAUGCGAAUCAACCGGGCUUGUCUAAGAACGCUUGGAAAAGGAAAGCGGAGACCGAGGAGUCUCGCUCCACGAGCACUGAUCACUUAGUUAUAGUUGAAAAGGAGAACACCGCAGACGACGCUCAAAAUAGAAUAGAGAGCAGCAGUCCUAAGCCCUAUUCUAAGUCGAAAAUACAUCUGCCCGGGUUUUAUGUCUUCUUUCGACUUCAGGCUGCCAGUAGCUCACACAAACGAAUAAGUCUUAUUGUCUCACUUGAUCGUACUCUUAAUGAAAUUGCCUGCAUUCUUCAACGUCGUUUUGGUCUCGAUCUCAAAGAUUGUCAGUAUUACCUCAAUGACCGUAUUCGGCCCAGCGGAAUGGUCCAACUGCUACUGGAAAUUAAGUCCAUGCCCACCCAUAUAUCGUCCUAUCGGUUCACCCGACUAAAUGUUGUCGACAUUCUUUCUCCUGAUGCCGAAGUGGAUUGUACAGAAUCUCCAGCCCUUAAUAACAAAAAUAGAAUGAGUGAGGGUGGUGUUGGCCAGUCACAUCGUUCCAACGCGGCGACAAGCCUAAACGGCAUGUCAUCAGCUUUAUCACAUUCAAACGUCAGAUCCGAUGGUACCCUUAACUCCGAGGGGUCUUCCACAGGUCAGGAGUCCAGGUUUAUCUCAUCCAGUGCCGUUUUCGAGGCAUUCAAUGCCGCUAACAGAGCCAUCGAGAACAUGGAGCGCUUUUCUACCACCACCGCCUCCAACAGCGUUGUCAACCAAAGUUCUGUAGCGCUGCCAUCGAGUUUUUACUCCACACCACGCGUUGGCACCUCCCAGUAUGGCUCAAGUUACGCUGUCAUAAUGGAGCGUCUUGCUGGCGGUGGUAACGAUGUCGGUGGCAAAUGGACCAUCGACGAGCACUACCAUCGGCUUAUGAGGAUGAACAGCAUUCCGAGCGAUCCCGGCCAAUGGAAUGCAACGCAGGUGGUGAUGUGGAUAAACUGGGCUUUGAAGCAAUUCAAACUGGUGAAUAACGGUUCCACCAGCUCCCAUCACCACGCUAACGGGGGAGGUGAUGGUGGUAAAUUAGCCAGGGCCUUUGAAGGUCUGCUAGGCGAGGACCUGCUGGGCCUUUCACUUACUGACCUCUCCGCACGAUUUAACUUCUCCGGCUCAACAGCCACUCCCAACGUGGCCUUUUUCACUCACUUCGAAUUGCUCAAGAAUUGUCGCGAAGUCUGUGUUCCCUACAAACCGCAAGUACAACCGUACACGGUACCGCAGAAUUCUCAGCGCGUCUACCGUCAGAUGGGCAGAUCGCGGGUUCGCAGCUCCCGCAACGGUGGUGGAGAGUACGCUUCCAAUGGUCCCUCGUCCUCCGCCUAUUCCACAACUAAUGGCAGCACUGUGAUUACUCGUUUCCCCGGUGGCACCGCCAACGGCAUAACAGGUCUGAAUGGAGCCGUCUUCUCGCCCUCCCUUCCCCUCACAAGUAACCUGCGUCUCAACGGCGGAGGUUUUCAGUCGCGUAUCAGUCAACCCUCUGCUCCUAGUGUACAGCUCUCCUAUGGACGUCUUGCCUCUUCCUCCCCCGUCUCAACCUCCUCCUCCUACUUCACUUCCGUGCCUACACCCACACAGGCCGGUUUUACUGCUCAUGGGAGCAGUUUCUAUGGCACCAGUGAUAGAAAUUCUUCCGUUGUUCCUGUGACUUCAACUGGUAACACUGACGCCGCCGCCGUCGCAGCCUUCCGUACAGAGGAGCGCAUUUAUUCCCCAUUUCCCUCUCUGUCGGUUGACGGUAGUGGUGCUCCUAAUAGUGUGAGGAAAUAUCGGGUUGUAUCGGCCCUCUCACCUCCCCAUCAUCACGACUCAGGCACCAUAACCAUGCCCUCCGUUGCGCUUGGAGGGGGAGGAGGCGCUCAGUCGUCCGCGGCCGGUAGUGGUUGCCAGGUUCAUCUGUGGCAAUUCUUGUUGGAUCUCCUCACUGAUUGGCGCCACCAGGACGCCAUCCACUGGGUGAACAGGGACGGCGAGUUCAUGCUUGCCAACCCCGAACGGGUGGCGGCGAUGUGGGGUCAGCGCAAGAACAAACCGGCAAUGAAUUACGAGAAGCUCUCACGAGCUUUGCGUUACUAUUACGAUGGGGAUAUGAUCGCAAAGGUGCAGAGCAAACGCUUCUGCUACAAAUUUAUCUGUGACCUAAAAACUCUCAUGGGUUACUCCGCUGGCGAGCUUCAUGAGCUUGUGUGUUUCUGUGCAGAGAAGCACGGUGUGAACUUUAGAAACGGUGAUUUAGAAAUCAGUCGAAAACGAACAAUGGUGGAUGGAGAAGCCUGGUUCGGUUGCUCCUCUCCGAUGCGGUUGAGGCUUAUGCCCUCGUCCAUGCCGACCAUUUUAGACAGCAUGGAGUCUGACUCGACUUCCGCCGAAGUGGACGUGAGUCCGCAUUUCUCCAGACCUGAGGAGGAGGGAGAAGUGAUUGAGGAAGUGGAUGAAGAUGAGGAUGAUGACUCCUUUGAAUACUGCGGUGUCGAUGAUAUUGACAAGGUAACUGCCGUCCUCAGGAUGGAAGCUGACGAAUGUUGCAAAAUUGCUGAGCAGAAGAGUCGCAAGAAGUAA